AUGCCAGGAAAGACCCACACAGCCGAGCACCUGCCUUUUUUCAGCGGGCGGUGUGGCCUUGCGUCAGAGGCCUGGCCGUCCCUUCUCAUUCCACCGUCACCACCACACAACAGCUAUCCAUCGCUCUGUCACGACCACAAACUGCCCCAUCACGUCCGACCUGCCUUCGCUCACCUCCACAUCACCCUACGGCCACAGACGCCCAAGCCACACCAAAAGCCUCCCGUUCUUGACCCGAUUGCAGAUCUUAGCAUCGCUUCGUGGCUGGCUCGUGACCCGCAUGCGCCACAGCGGCUCCCAACAAGCCUCUGUUGGUCCUCCUCGGCCAUCUCUCGAACCGCUGCACUGAUCGUCAACAUCGAGGUCAACGUCACCCGAGUGAGCAUCCAUCCACACGCAUACGGCUUCGUCGGCGACACUGCCUACAUACCCGGUUACUUCUCUACGACCUCUCCCUCCCUCGUCUCCACCAUGGCGGACAACAUGCCCACGCUGCGGAACGACCUGUCCAUGGUCGCCCGCAAGGCCCGGCUGACCUCGGCCGUCGAGGAUGUUGAUAACAUCAUUGCCCAGCUUCUCGAGGCCCGGGAGAAGAUUGCCGCAGAGCCCUCUAACGACACAGCAGAACAAGACCCGCAUGCGGCCAGCCUUAUCUUGACGAAACUGCAGAACCCGAUAAAAGAAGGAUUCGAGACUGUCAACAACGACCUCAAGGCCGUCUCGAAAACACAAAAAGAGUUCGGAAAGGCUCUGGAUCGGUCGUUCCCAAUCACCCCGCUCCCGACAGAAUACGAUGUCAUGCAGAAACAUCCAGCCCUUAUCAACCGUGCCAUCGCCAUGCACCUCCUCCGCGAAGGCCAUUUUGAUGUAUCCCGUGUCUUCAUGGACGAGGCACGCGACAUUGCCGCUAUCGACGGAAGCACUGCUGGCGGCGCAGACGACGACCAGGCCGACGACGACGAUGCUGGCGAUGACGCAUCCAUGACCAACGGCGACGUCGAGUUUGACGGGCACGGCAAUUUUACGCAGACGGAGUCCAUCUACCUGCAGGACAAGUUCCAGCGCAUGUACUCUAUUUUGCAGGACAUCAAGGCACACAACCUGGCGUCGGCGAUCGACUGGGCUCGCGAGAACUCGGAGGAGCUCGAAGAGCGCGGCUCCAACCUCGAGUUUGAGCUAUGCAAGCUGCAAUUCAUCUGGCUCGCCAAGUCGGGGAUGCACGAGCCGCGGGGCGAGUAUGAUGACAGCGAGGACGACGAGGAAGACGGGGAGGGCUUUGGCCAUGCCGACUUUGCCGACGCGUUCGAAUACGCGCGCACCAACUUCCACCGCUUUAGCAAGCGCCACCUCGGCCAGAUCCAGCGCCUGUCCGCUGCGCUCGUUUUCUCCUCCAACAUUGACGAGUCGCCUUACGCUGUGGCCUUUGCGACCAGCACCGCCUUUGCCGACCUGGCCACGUCAUUCACCCGCGAGUUCUGUUCCCUGCUCGGCCUGUCCGCCGAGUCACCACUCUACGUUGCCGCCACGGCCGGUACCAUUGCUCUGCCGCGGCUUAUCAAGUUUAUCGGGGCCACCCGCAGCAAGCGCACCGAAUGGACCACAGCGAACGAGAUGGCCUUUGAGACGCCGCUGCCCGAGUCCAUGACCUACCACCCCAUCUUUGUCUGCCCCGUCUCCAAAGAGCAGACCACGGCCGCCAACCCGCCCAUGAUCUUGCCUUGUGGCCACACGUUGGCACACGACUCGCUGCGGAACAUUACCAAGGGCUCAAAGUUCAAGUGCCCGUAUUGCCCGAUUGAAGGCCAGAUUAAGGAUGCCCGCCAAAUCAUUCUAUAG